GGAGAAAGCAAUCAAGCUUUGAAGAAACAAUGUACUAAUGAAGCUAAGAAGGCAAAAACUAAGUCAGGACCAUCAAAGGAUCCCCAAAGUAUUGCAGCCAAGAAUCGACGUGAGAGGAUCAGUGAAAGGUUGAAGAUACUACAAGAACUGGUACCCAAUGGCUCUAAGGUUGAUCUGGUUACCAUGCUGGAGAAAGCCGUUAGCUAUGUCAAGUUUCUUCAGUUGCAAGUGAAGGUGUUGGCAACAGAUGAAUUUUGGCCUGUUCAAGGUGGGAAAGCUCCUGAUAUUUCUCAAGUAAGAGAAGCCAUUGAUGCAAUACUCUCAUCUCAGAAAGAAAGGAACUCGGGCAAAGUAAAUGGUUAUGGAGAAGAGACUUAAAUUUAGAAUAAUACAGUAUAAUUUAAGGACAACUUUCCAGGCAAAGAAAAGCUUUGUUUUGGAUGUUAGUGAUGUCGAAUGGCAAAAAAAAAGUAACAAAAAAGGAGAAUCUGAGUAGAUAGCAUUAAUAUUUCUUUUUUCUUCCGAAGAUAUUGUAAUGGAAAUUUUCAUUUCUUUAUCUAAUUUGAACUAAGAUGUUCAACGUUAUCUUAGUUU